AUGCUGACACUGACCCCGCCGCCGACGCGACCGACGACCGCGCAAACGGACCAAAACGACGCACGGCGCAUCCCGCAUCUGCUACGACUGGAUGGUCGUCUCCGGGAACUGCCAUUACGCGCGCGACCGCGCCUCAUUCACACACUACCGGGCGAUGCCGCACCGAACCCGUAUCAAGAACAACAUCUUCGAUCCGCAGGAGGAGCUGGAGGUGGCCGGGGUAGGGACGGGGGCGCCAGCUCGCAUGUCAUCGUGCUGGAGGACGUGCUGCAUAUCCCAGAGGCGGUGUGUAAUGGGUUCAAUCCCCUGCUGUAUGGGAGUAGCAUGUCGUGUAACAUGGAGUACUGGGAGGGGGCGGAUCGGCGCGGGGAGCCGGUUUGGUUUGCGGUGCCGUAUGCCGGGGGGACGAGGUUGGUGCUGGCGGGGGAGCCGAGGGGGGAGUCGGAGUUGAUUCAGGGGAGGUAUUAUACGUUGAGUUUGUCGAUUACGCCGCAGGAGAGGAGGGAAAUCUUUGAGGCGAUGGCUUGUUGA